AUGCCUAGAUUCCCGGUCAACUUCCGACGGAGAUCAACCGUGACAGAAGAUCAAAAUGCUCCGGUAGAACCGUCCUUUCGAGUCCUUGAACGGAGUGACGCGGCUCCGGGGAAGUCGUUUGACGGGGGAAUGAGGAUGACCAAGGCUGGCGGACCGAUGCCGAGGACAACCCUUCACGAUGUAUCGAUGGACGACAAUAUCUUUGCCGAUGCUAAGAAUAACCGUGGCAGUGGCAGUUCUAACACGACGAAGACAACCUCGGACAACUCAUCACGUCAUAGCAAUGUGUCGACGGCACCGUCGUCCACUGAUUAUGCUACAACGGAAGAUUUUCGAAAUUCGGCAAGGAAACCGGCAUACGAUGCGCCCCUACCAGCCCCUCCGAGAUCAUCAGGCAGUGGUUUCUUGAAAAAUGCUGGUCGUACUUUCUCUUUUGGCAUGUCCAAGAAGAACCACACCGUACCAGAUGAACCUGUCCCGCCAGUACCCGACCACUUCGAGCCUCAGACACCGGGAGGUCGUCCCCGAGCCCCGACUGCUUCCACUGUGACGGAGAGAACUCCGCUACAGGUGGAAGACAGGGACUUCAAGCUGGAUUUGGGUGGUGACCUUAGCAAUAUGCUCUCGGCGUUCGGUAAGAGGUCCAGUGUGAUGACUUUGAGGCGUGAUUCUGGUCAGCCGGCACUGGCCUCCCGUGAUCUUACUGGCAACCGUGCUAGUCAGCCUGCUGCGCUCAGUCUGGACCAUUCAACUGCGAUCGAGCCGCCGCCCAAGUCAUGGGCUAGCCAACGCUCUGAUGAGGGGCUCCUUGGUGCUCGUAGCGCAUUGGCAUCUCCACCACCUGUUCCCAGGCAUGCAGAGAGCCCUGUCCUGCGAAGAAAGACGCCGGAAGAAGAUGAAGACGCAAUACUCUUGAAGGAUUCUCGUGCUGCAACCAAAUUUCUGGCCAAUGAAGACGAUUCGUAUCACGGGAACGGCGACACCAUUUCCAGCCUUAAAGAGACGUAUGCAAGACCAUCGAGGUAUAACUCGCAGCCGGACGAGGAUAACAUGUUCGACACAUCUUACUCGCGCACAAGAAAUGCCGGGCGUCCCACGAACCGAGCAAACGGCGCCGCUCAAAACAAGGUCAUGACCCCGGCCGAGUUCGAAAAGUAUCGCCAGGAUAAGGUCCGACAAAGCCGAAGCAGUCUCGACAAGGAUGACUCAGAGAACGAGGACGAGGAAGAUUACGAGGAUGAUGAGGAUGAUCGACAGAAGAACAUUGAAUUGGCGAAGCAGCGACGCAAGCAGGAAGCCCACAUGACCGUCUAUCGACAGACAAUGAUGAAAGUAACAGGGGAGCAAUCAAGCGGCAUGGCAUCGAGGCCUGGCCUGGGCACGUCCAUGAGCGCUCCCAAUCUUCUGGUCGAUGAAAGUCAUGUACUCGGUGGCUCUCAGUCGCCGCCAUCAGAUGGCUCCUCGGACGAGGAAGUGCCGCUAGCAAUUCUUGCUGCACACGGCUUUCCUAACAAGGCUCGGCCCCCGACCAGGCUCAGCAAUAUGGCCUCCAUUCCGGACUUGCGCGGACUCAACCAGCCAUCAUACGUUGCAGGUCCUGGUUCCGUCAGCGGCGGUGCAGCAAAGAACCUUGGUGGACAGGUGCCAGCUUUCGCGAGAAAGCUUCCUCAGGAUCCGUUCCUGGGUGCCGGCUUGAUCAACCAACCCCCGCGCGAGUCGUUUGCUCUUGCAGGAGGCGUUCCGGCGUCACAGGGACGUUCCAUGCCCAUGCCCACCGGUGGUCUUGUGGGAGUCAUCGCCAACGAGGAGAGGGCAAAGGCGUUGCGUCGUGGCAGCCCAGCAAUUGACCACAUGAAGAACGGCUUGCCGCCCCAAAUGCAGAUGCCGAUGAACGGGUUUGAUCCCAUGGCCCAAAUCCCACCGCAAAUGAUGUUCCCGCAGCAGCCAAUGUUGACGCCUGGUGAUCAAGCCCAAAUUCAGAUGACGCAGCAAAUGCAACAGUUUAUGCAGAUGCAGAUGCAGUUCAUGCAGAUGAUGGCCGGUCAGCAGAACAACCAGGUCCCUCAACUGCAGAUGCCCAUGGGAAUGCAGAUGCCUGGCCCCGGUAGUCGUCCCGUAAGCCACAUGCCUACUCAGUCCAUGAGCUCCGUGCCCGAUGCGCGCCAGUCAUAUCUUGGCUCCAUGACAGACGUACGGCAGUCGUUCAUGGGUGACUCGAUGAUGGGCAUGAAUUCGGGGAUGAAUCUCGAGCCCCCCAGACCAGCUGGCCAGACGCGGACUAUGAGCAUGGUACAGCCAAGUUCCUCCUCAUGGAUUCAACCUCUACAAGGUAGCUUUGGCGCACCCUCCAUCCGUGUCCAGGGCGGCGGUUAUGCACCAUCUAUUGCACCUUCUGAGCGUAGUAACAUUGGCCUUCCCGGACGCUACCGACCAGUGUCAAGCAUCAACCCAUUGGACGGUACCGGCUCAAGGUCCAACACCAUGUCCGGCGCACUGCCGACCCUCUCAAAAUUCCAGGCCGAGGUGAAGACGUCGCCGCUUGCUAACCCAGAUGAUGACGAUGACGAGGAGGGCUGGGCGGCCAUGAAGGCGAAGCGUGAGCAGAAAAAGAGCAGCUGGCGCAAUAAGAAGGCUUUCGGAUCCGAGAUUGGAGCCCUGAUUACCUAA